UUUAUCUAUAGGUGUGGUUCAUCAACUUAUCAAGUGCAAGUCAGCAAUAUUAGUCCCAAGCUUUCAUGUCAUUAGAACCUGCUCAGCUGAGAAAGGAGGUUGGCAAGGCUACAUUUAUUUUGGAAAAUGUGGAAAUAGGUUUAAAAAUAAGCGACGGAGCUUAUGGUGUCGUGAAUGAAGUGAAAAUCGAUGAUGGGACUCUUUGUGCUGGGAAGACGCCCCAUGAAUAUCUUGUGAGAGAGGAUAAAACAUUCCUUAAGAAGUUUUGUGAUGAGGUUCUCCUUCACGUCAAGCAGCAUCAUCCUAACAUUGUUCAAGUUAUAGGACUCCAUUAUCCUCCUAGCUCCAGAUUUAUACCAAUGUUGAUAAUGGAGUAUCUUCCAAUGACACUGGGAAAUUGUUUAGACAAGAAGCAGCCUAUGCUUGAACCUGAAGAGCUAAAACGGCCUCAAACCCAAUACUCCAUCCUUCUUGGUGUUGCUAAUGGUCUUAUUUACCUUCAUCAGAAGGAACCACCUGUAUACCAUCGUGACCUCACAGCUUAUAAUGUACUGUUAACCGCCAACUUCACAGCAAAGAUAUCAGACCUUGGAAUGUCCAGAAUUGUUGCUGUUUCAGGUGAGAAGCUUACUGCAGCACCAGGCAAUGUAAAUGUGAUGCCACCUGAAGCGAAGAAGGAUAAUCCAAUUUAUAAUCACAAGAUUGAUGUGUUUGCUUUUGGCUGCCUCAUUCUUCACAUUGCUUCUGGUCAGUUUCCUGUACCAAAAAGAGAUAGCUUCCAAGAGAAUCCAAAUGAUGAUACAUGUACAUCAUACAUUAAGAUAACAGAGUGGAGUAGGAGAUACAAAUAUGUAAAGGCUAUACUAGAUGAGGAUGAUCACGAGCUCCUUCCACUAGCACAACAGUGCCUCGAAGAUAAUCCUAGAGAUCGACCUGAAAUGAUUGACCUUGUUCAUUUCAUUGAAAACACAAAGACAAUCGGUUUAAUAGACUCAAGUCUUGGCUCUAUUAUUAAAAAUGCUCCUGAAGUAACCAUCUGUGGAAAGAGGGUUCCAAACUGUCGUUCAUGUCCGACAUGUAAUUACAUUAUAGAGCAUGCUCCAGACGGUAGUAACAGAUCUAGCAAGUUUGUUGUGUGUCCUCGUUGCAAAAAGGAGUACUGUUUCCUAUGCCUUCAAGCAAGGGAUGCUUGUUUGAAAGAUGCACCAGAAUCUUGGUAUGGCGACUGUGCUAGGAACAUUGCUCCAAGACAAACUGGAAAAAUUAAUUGAAAUUUUUUAAUAAUUAUUUUUGUUGUAGUGUUUAAAAAGUAAUUUUAAUGUGUUUUGAUGAAAUACUUUUUGGUUUAACUACAUGUAUCAAAACAGUACUUAUGUCCUAUAGAUAUAGCCACUUGAUACAAAACUAAUGAUGCAUUAAAACAUUCACUCUUCACAUAAUCUGCCAUUUAUUCUUAA